GGCCGUAUACAGGGGGCGGAGCCUGGCAGCCAAGCAGCCCAGACGUGUUCAGCACAAGCUCCCACGUCUGGGGAUGAAAAACGGGGUGUAUCACCCAGAAAUUGGCACCUACGGGCCCCAGCUUAUCCAAAUUAAACCCGGGGGAGGCUGCUGCACCAGACGGUACCUCUCCCGAACUUCUACGACAUCGGAACGACCAAACGAGGCUUGCGGCCUACCAAGGGCUGAGCCCGGGAGAGGUGGCCGCUCUCCGGGAUCUCAAGCAGAAGGUGGGCACCCUGAGCAGCACUCCCCCCCACCCCCUUGGACUGACAGGUGUCAUCCCGGUCCGCAUUAA